AUGCCUUUGUUGAUUAGUUUUGAAGGAAUUGAUGGUAGCGGUAAAACUAGUUUGGUGGAAAAAUUAAGCCAAAAAUUACCAGAUUCCUUUAUCACUAAGGAACCCCGGGGCACAGAAUUAGGCAAAAGAACCGCAGUUAGAACAGGGAAAAUUAUAAAAGGCAAUGAAACUUACGAAGCAGUUGCUUUUGUAGGAAAAGAAGAAGUAAUUAGUUUAGAAGAAAGAAUUGAAAGAAAGUUAAAUUCCUUUAUUAACAUUAAAAAACUUAUCCAAAAAGCAGGAAAAGACAAUAAUGAAAUAAUGGAAAAAUUGACCAAACUAGAAGAGCAAGUAGAACUAAUUAAACAAGAUUUAAAAGAAAACACUACUAAUAAUGAAUGGCAAAAAAGCCGAAUUCAAAGAGAGAAAGAAAGAGUAGAGGAAAGAUUAAACAAAUAUAGCCAACUAAAAGCCGGUAAUUAUUACCAUUUUCACCUCAAAAUGAAAGAGAAAAAAGGAGAAACUUAUUAUGUUUUGUUAGAUUUCCAAGAGGUAAAUAGGGGAAAUUAG